GAGAGAGAGAGAGAGAGAGAGAGAGAGAGAGAGAGAGAGAGAGAGAGGGGGGAGUGAAUGGGCACGACUCAGCCAGCAGCACUGCGCCCUUCACGUUAUCGAUAUCGAUCAGUUUGGUAAUCGAGACAUUUCGACCCGCGGCGGGUCCGUUAGCUUUAGCCCGGAGCUAGCAGCAGGAUGGGGCGCAUGUGAGCAGCAGCAGCAGCCGGAGAGAGCGGCAGUCUGUCGGACUGAGGAACAAGGAAGCGGACGGCUAGCUGCGCUGAGCUAACGUUGGCUAACUGUUAUUAUUCUGAUGAGCGACCCAGGAGCAUGCGACCUGGUACCGAGAGCUGACUUGUUCGGGGAUGUCGGGCAGUAAGGCGCUGGGCGGGGGGGCUGGCGGGGGGGCGAGGCGCAGGCGGACCCGGUGCCGGCGCUGCCAGGCCUGCAUGAGGACUGAGUGCGGAGAGUGUCACUUCUGUAAGGACAUGAAGAAGUUCGGAGGGCCCGGUAGGAUGAAGCAGUCCUGCCUCCUGAGACAGUGCACGGCGCCGGUGUUGCCUCACACGGCGGUGUGUUUUGCGUGCGGCGAGGCGGGGAAGGAGGACACUGUGGACUCUGAGGAGGAGAAGUUCAGCCUCUCUCUGAUGGAGUGUACCAUCUGCAACGAAAUCAUCCACCCCAGCUGCCUCAAGAUGGGUAAAGCUGAAGGAAUCAUCAACGAUGAGAUCCCAAACUGCUGGGAGUGUCCAAAGUGCCACAAGGAGGGUAAAACCAGUAAGGACCAGGCGGACGGCUCGGGGAAGCGCAGGCUGGAUAACGGGGAGGUGGGCCGCUGGAAGCUCACAGAUGACCCUCCCCCUAAAAAGAAAGCCCCUCCCUCCCUGGAGGAGGGGGGGAGGACGGACGGGGGACACAAGAGGAAGAAGGAGAAGGAGCUGCCUCAGGACAGCGGGCCCAAGAAGAAGAUGAAGGUCGCCCACGAAAAACGCCUCAAAAAGAAACCCAAACAGGAGGCGGUGGAGUCGAACGGUCCCACAUCCUCAGUGGGAGGAGGAGCGCUGCAGGGCUCCUCAACUUCUUCUUCUUCUCAGCCCGGGGGAGGAGGAGGUGGGGGAGGAGGGGGAGGCGCGGGGGGGACGUCGAGUGCCGACCAGCGCUCCCAUCACAGAGAGAAACUGGAGCGCUUUAAGAGGAUGUGUCUGCUGGAGCGUCGCCCCGAGUCCUCGUCCUCCUCCUCCUCCAGCUCCGAGUCCGACUCCGAGUCCGACUCAGACGACUCCCUGAGAGGGGAGCAGGGGGGAGGAGGCUCCUCGCCUUCAUCAUCCUCCCCCGCCCCGCCUCCUCCCGUUGUCUACGGGAACAGCAGUGGUGGGCGGGGAGAGAGGGAGAGGAGUCGCAGCGAGCGGGAGAGAGAGAGGGAGCGGGAGCGGCGUCUGGCUGAGCUGGGCUUCAGCGCCAGCGAGGAGUCUGAGGGGGAGGGCGGGAGGGGGGAGGAGGAGGUGCGGGAGGAGGAGCAGGGAGGGGGGGAGAAGGUUCGGCGGAGAGGGGGAGGAGGAGAGGCUGGGUUACCUCCGCGAGGACGGAAAGGAGGACUACUGGACGGAGAGGAGGAGGACACGCCCACCUCUGACAGGACCAGGAAAAACUCUGCCUCCCUUCCGCCGCCCUCACCCCUCUCCUCCAAUCAGAUGCCUCCGUCCUCGCAGCACGACGGCUUCACGGGGAAGCAGCGCAGCAAUGGACAGGAGGCGCGCAACGGACGGACACGAGGAGGGACAGGCGGGGGAGGAGGGGGUAGGGAAGGAGGAGAGAAGGAGAACGCCAGCGGCGUUCUGACCAAUCACAGACACAGUGGGGGAGGAGGGGGCGGGACCAAAGGCAGCGGGAGCCGCGGGAACAAGAUCCGUAGCAACAGCAAGAACCAGACAUCCAGAAACACCACCACCUCCUCCUCCUCCUCCUCCUCCUCCAUCCCCACCUCCAACGGCGGGGGAGGAGGGGGAGGCGGCCUGAUGAUGUCAGCAAUGGCGGCGUCUCCCUGCUCGCAGCCGUCCCGCCUCGCCCCGCGCUCUCAGAUGAUGAAGCGCAGCCCGCCGGCCGUGCCCUCGCCCCCCCGGCCCGUCCAGAUGGAGAGGCACCUCGUGCGUCCCCCCCCCACCUGCCCCGAGCCCAGCUGCCUGCCGCUGGACUCCGGCUCCUCCCACAUCAUGACCCGGGACGUGUGGCUGCGAGUCUUCACCCACCUGAGCCAGAGAGAGCUGUGCGUCUGCAUGAGGGUCUGCCGCACCUGGAGCCGCUGGUGUUGUGAUAAAAGGUUGUGGACUCAGAUCGAUCUGAGCCGGCAGCGCUCCAUCACCCCCCCCAUGCUGAGUGGUAUCAUCCGCCGCCAGCCCGUCUCCCUCAACCUGGGUUACACCAACAUCUCCAAGAAACAGCUGAUGUGGCUGAUCAACCGGCUACAAGGUCUGCUGGAGCUGAAUGUGUCGGGCUGUCCGUGGCCGGCGGUCUCCGCUCUGUGUCAGGCCGUCUGUCCCUGUCUGAAGCUGCUGGACCUCAGCAGAGUGGAAGACCUCAAAGACUCUCACCUGAGGGAGCUGCUGGCCCCCCCACCUGACACCAGGACAGCUCACGGUGAAACCAGAGUGGGGCGUUUCCAGAACGUGACGGAGCUGCGAUUGGCCGGUUUGGACCUGACGGACGCAUCGUCCCGCCUGCUGGUGCGUUACGUUCCUCACCUGACCCGGUUGGACCUGAGUCAGAGCGGGAAUAUCACAGACCAGACGGUGCACACCCUCACCUCCCCCAUCUCCCCCCUGAAAGAGAGCCUCACCCACAUCAACCUGGCAGGCUGUGUGAAGGUGACGGAGCAGUGCAUCCCGUUGCUGCGGCGCUGCCCCUCCCUGCAGACGGUCGACCUGCGCUCCUGCUCCCUCCUCUCCUCCGAGACCGGACAGCUGCUCUCCUUCCCCUCCAACGCCUCCUCCUCUUCAUCCUCCUCUACCUCCUCUUCCUCCAACACUGCCACCACUACCACCACCACCACCACCACGACGGUCGCUGCUUCAUCCUCCUCCUCCUCCUCCUCCUCCUCCUCCACGUCCGCCUCCUCCUGUCCUCCCGAAGACAGAACGCUGCUAAAGAACAGCUAAAGUCCUCCUCCGUGUCACGUGACUUUUGAGUCCAGGCGGCCUGCUAAGCCCCGCCUCCCACCUUGAUACACUACAUACAGGUGACGGGGAAGAGGAGGAGGAGGUGGAGGGACCUGUGCAACAUUUCUCCUGACGUUGUGACCACAGAAGAAGAAGAGGAGGAGGAGGAACGUAUUUUGGGAAAAUUGUCGGUAAUAGUUAAAAAAUAGAAACCCUGAGCAUGUACAUAUUUGUUCUCUGUACAAUUUUGGGUGUGUGUAUAUAUCUGUAGUUUACUGUAAAUGACCCUUAACCUUUGAAACAUCCCCCCCCCCACCAACACUCCUUCCCUCCUCUCCUCCUUUCCUUCCCUCCUUCUCUUCCGUCCUUCCACCAUUCGAUCAAUCAUCACGCCAGGCGUCCACCUGCUCGUCAGUAGCUGCAGAGAACAGGGAGAGAGGAAGAUCAAUACUUGAUGAUGUCUCCCCCCCCCCCCCCCAGUCUGCACGCACACACACACACACACACGCACACACACACACACAUACACACAGGAAGUCAGACACACGUAGGGUCGUCUCCAUGAAUGAUUCAAAUAAGAGCAGUCUGACAUUUGCAGGCAGUUUAGGAGUGACGCUAACAGUUUCCCUCUGCUUCCAGUCUUUGUGCUAAGCUAGGCUAAUCAGUAUGAAUUGGUCUGACUGUGGGGGGGAAAUGUUAGAUUGUCGCACUAAAAACGCAUCUUUUCUCUAUGAAGUUUGGUAGUUGGUUAGAGAGCAUCUGCGGUUACCCACAGUGCCCCUCUCUGUUGGCCCUUUUCCUGCCACAGGGAACCGAUUCUGUCCCGGUUCACGCAGCGAGUUUUCAAACCAUUUGGACCAAAAAUAAAUUGGUUCAGAAUCUGAACAGUUGGAACCGAAACUCACCGCGAUCACUCUCCACCAGACUGCAGAGACAGAAACUCGUUUUACCUUCAGAUCAUCGUUAAUCCACCGACGUAGGCGUGGAAACACUCCAAAGUAAGCUAACGGGUCAAAGUACGUCCACUAACAGUGUUCGCCACCGGCUCGGAUCCGUUCUGGUUCCUCGAACCGGUUCAAGAUGCAGUUAAUUUGGUGUAAAACCACGAAGACUUCAGCAGAAGGAUUGUUCCCGCCUCGAGCUGCGUAUUUAAAACAUUUAAUGUUCCGACCACACAAACAGAUUCUGAGCUGGAACGUCUGAUUUAUUCUGCUGAUUCACUGCAACCAGUCAGAAACCAGUCAGCAACCAGUCAGCAACCAGUCAGAAACCAGUCAGCAACCAGUCAGAAACCAGUCAGCAACCAGUCAGAAACCAGUCAGAAACCAGUCAGCAACCAGUCAGCAACCAGUCAGAAACCAGUCAGCAACCAGUCAGAAACCAGUCAGCAACCAGUCAGAAACCAGUCAGCAGUCAGAAACCAGUCAGAAACCAGUCAGAAACCAGUCAGAAACCAGUCAGAAACCAGUCAGAAACCAGUCAGAAACCAGUCAGCAGUCAGAAACCAGUCAGCAACCAGUCAGAAACAAUCAGUAAGCAGUCAGAAACCAGUCAGCAAACAGUCAGAAACCAGUCAGCAAACAGUCAGAAACCAGUCAGCAAACAGUCAGAAACCCAAAGAGAUCCAGUGUGAGAGUGGCUGGAAGCAUCAGGAGUGAUCAGUGUGGAUCUUAAUGAAUGUACACACACACAGACACACAGACACACACACACACACAGACACACACACAGACACACAGACACACACACAGACACACACACACAGACACACACACACACACGUGGAAACAGUGUUAAUGUGAUUGUAAAGACGCCGCUGGAGGAGGCGGCGAGCAGUCAGUGUGCAACGACAAAUCAAUAAGUGUUUGAACGAACAGGAAGUGACCUCGCCACGCGCACAAUGAAUCUGUAAUAUCAGCGAGAAGAGACGCAGUUCCUCCAGUGGCCGCUAGAGGAACUGCAGCCACGUGUCCAAAACAUCGUCCAGCUUUACACACGUCAGUGAACACAAUCACAGGUUACACUGAUCGCUGCUCUUCUGACGGAACCAGGCUAACAGUUUCCCUCUGCUUCCAGUCUUUGUGCUAAGCUAGGCUAACCAGACACAUCAGUAAAAUGUCAGACUGUUCCUUUAAACCGCUCACUGACCGGCGGUCGCAGGCGAAGGUUGUUCGGGUGUGAUUUGACUCCCUGUUCCCUCCUCUGUGUGUGUGUGUGUGUGUGUGUGUGUGUGUGUGUGUGUGUGUGUGUGUGUGUGUGUGUGUGUGUGUGUGUGUGUGUGUGUGUAUCUGAGCCUCAGUGUCUUCAACGUUCGCCUCAAUCAUUCAUCUUCCCCUCUUCGUUUUCCAUCCUGUGUUUGUCGCCUCUGAUCAGAUUCUGUUGGGAAGUGAUUGAUCGUGUUUUUCUCAGGAGUUUUUUCUUUUUCUUUUUUUAAAAUCAGGUUUUAAUUUAUUUUUGUGCCGCAGCGACGUUCCCAUCCGGUCCGAACACACAUUCCUGCUUUCUGUCUGUCUCACUCGGGAUGUGUUUCUGUUUGUUUUCUACAUUAUGAACCUUUCUGCCUGUUGUUGCUGCAUUGAUCGAUCUGUUUGUCUACGGAAGCUCAUUUCUGCCAGGAGAAGGAAAAACAACGUGAGGAAUAAUUCUGAUUUAUUAUCCUGAUCUAUCUCGUCUUGAUUUAUUUUAUAGUCUUUGAGAACCCGAUAGUACUUUUAUAAUUCUGAUUUGUCGACUAUCUCGACUCCGACUCAAAUCUCAAACUUUGGUUUUACCUUUAAAAGUAUUUUCAUGUUUUAUUCCGAACUUUUCUUCUGUUUUUUAUUGUUUUGGCUGAAUUGGGCUUCCGUAGUUUCCUCAGGGGCCUCGCUUAUGAAAAAUCCGUCAUUCUGAAUUUCCCGUCAGGAUCAUCGUUAAAGUAAAGUUUUGGCUUUUGAUGUGUCGCAUAAAAGCAAGAAAUCAAUGCAAGUUGGUGGUUUUAUGGUCAGAAACGUUUUCAUAAAUGACGCCCGGAUGUUUCUGAUCCCGGAUCAGAUCCACGUCUGAUGUUUGUUUCUUUGUGUGAACUGGCUGUCUUAUCAUGUGAGGCAGUGGCACUGAGGGGGGGGCAAUAUUAUUUACAUCAUAUUUCAUAUCGUUGAAUUUCAGAUAAACGCAACAAACGACGGACUGCAGUUACCAUAACGAGCUUUGUCGGGUUAGACGUCAGUAGAUGGGUCGCCCUGUACUGGCUAGCGUGUUGGCUAGCGUGUUCCACGUUAGCUAGCUGGUCAGUUUCAAGCCUUCUGUUAGGUCGCGUUACUUCUGCUGCACGUAGAACAGAAACCACGUCUUAAAAUACGGCGAGAGAACGAGCGGGGAAACGGCCAUUAUCACUGGCUAGCUUUUAGCUAUAGCUUUUAAUGAGCUAACAUGUUAGCGCUUUAGUAGCAAUGGCUUGUUCCGUGUUGGUUAGCUCUUUCCACGUUAGCUACAUGGUACAAUGUUAGCGUCCCAGUUGUUUAUUAGUUUGCUGGUUUUAUUGUUCAACAAAUAAGUAAAACAAAACUUAAAUUCUGUCUGGAAAAUGAGCGGGAAAACCGCCAUUAUGACGCUCAUUCAUUGUCCUGCUUUGCUAGCUUGUUAGCUCAUUAGCUAAGCACUUGCUUAUAUAAGAAGUAACGCAGGUUAUCAGGUAAAGAUGAAUCCUAUCGGAGUUAGAGUCGAUUCAUUGUUCACUUUAUUCAACGUUUACUUUUUUAUUGUAAAUUUAAUCAACUCGAUAAUAAAUAAUCAAUCAUUCUUGUUAUUGAUACAGGUUGUGGUGCAGCGGAGGUAACGCAUCAUUCGGACCCGCCGUAGUCCACGAAAUAAAAAGUAUUAGUAGUGAGAUCGCCAUGACGUCGUGCUGCUCGCCAGCCGGACGCCUCGUUGUGCCAUAAACUCGCCAGAUCAACGUCUCGCUGUGGGUCAGUUUUAUAUUUUAUUUUUUGUAUUCGUUGUGAUUUAGUUGUUUUUUACUGUGACGUAACGCGGGACCGCCGCCUCGCCGCCAACGAUGCAUAUCACAGCUUCAGACUUCGCCUAGCGACAGGUGAGGAGAUCAAAUCUGAUUGGACGAUAAUCCCCGACUCCUGAAAGCUCUUAUCCAAUCAGACGCCCAGACAUCUUCGCUCUCUUCUCUAUCUUAGUAAAAAAAAAAGUCUCUGGAUGUUUUAAAGAUGCACUGGAUCAUCAUCUUCAUCACCUUCAUCCUCGCCUUUUGCCAAAUGUAGUUUUUGUUGUGAAAAGGGGCAUUUUAUCCUGUUUCUUUUGGGUUUUUUUGUUCUUUGUUUGCUUUUUGUUGUUUUUUUAUACUUUGUCCACGACUCUUCCGCUGUGUUGAUGAAAAAAAAAAUGAGGAAGAAGUUGGAACAAAAAGUAAAAGUGACACAAAAAGACCAACUCAAGGCAGCUACGUAUGAGUGACUACUGUAAAAUGACUAACUAAUAAAGAAGCAAUGGGUUUGUUUUUA